AUUAUUUGUAAAUGUGUGUGUUUCAUUUUGCGAGUUUGUCGUGCCGAGUAACGACUCGCUGUUCUAAAAAAAAAAAUGAGUGUCUGCUUACCACCAGGAGUUUAAAAUGUUAUUGUGGUAAGUGCUGGUUUAAAUAGAACUUUGAUAUUGUCAAAGUAAGUAUGUUAUAUAUCAUGAACGUUUCCUCAGCGCGGAUGUAUCUUAAACUGGGCGGCCAACAAUAAAAAUAAACGACUCUGGAAGUGACCAAAUAUUGACAGGUGAGGUCUAUUUAGAGCCCCACAUGUUAAUACAUAUUAAAUUACCCAUCAUUUUCAUGCUAUUACAGCUAAAAUUCAAAAAAAUUGUGGCCUGAAUAUAUUUGAUAACAGCUACCCUUAUCUUAAUAUGGUCUGCAUUUUUUGGUUAAAUCUAUUAAAUACAGUAUGUAUGGUGAAAAAAGUAGUGCCGUAAUAUUCUGUCGUGUCACAGCAUUUGGUGUUAAAUUAACGGUCCGAAAGGAUGUAAAAGCAUGGUCUUUGCUGUUCUGUUAUAUUAUUAUAAGCAGGGAGGAGAGGGGUGAGUUUUUACAGAUGGACUACUUGAAUGCAGUGGUUAUGCUCAUGCCCGGAUACGUAGGUAGUGACUUCAUACUCAUUUUUCAGUGCACGUCCAGUGGCCGUCGAUCCUGUACAAGAAUGGAUAUGUCGCCAAGAAAACGAAUAAGCUAUUCUGUAUCUGCGCUGUAUACGCGUUAGAUAACGUACGGGCAUGAAAGGAAACGUCUCAUAUGUCCGUAUUCAUCAAUGGACUUUUCGAUUGAGCUGCUGAAAUACGUUUUUUUUUAUUUUCAAAGCCGCGGUGCGUUCACUUACUGUCACACUGCUUCAUAAAUGAAGAUGGGCUGUAUCAAAUGAUGAUGAUCGACGCACGAUCGAUUACAGAUGCACUCUCCCAAGGUGGCAGCAAUGGCGGAGGCAUCCUCAUGUGCUCCUUCCAUACAGAGGAAUAAUAAUGUUCAAAUCCAUAACUGUGGGAUCCUUAUAAAUUGUAAAUAAUACCAUGAACACCACUGUUACACCAUCGGACCUGGUGGAUGUGCCAAGACAGCAGAACUUCAAUGGCACCCUAGGCACGCAGACCCCUUCCGGUUGGGCCGUCAUCCAUACUGCUACCUUGACCUUCUGCUCUCUCCUCCUCAUCUUCAUCUUCUGCCUGGGCUCUUAUGGGAAUCUUGUGGUGUUCUUGUCCUUUUUCGACCCAGCGUUUCGCAAGUUCCGCACUAACUUUGACUUCAUGAUCCUCAACCUAUCCUUUUGUGACUUGUUCAUUUGCUGUGUGACCGCCCCCAUGUUUGCGCUGGUGCUCUUCCUGGAUGCAGGCGGAGGGGAUGGCGUGUCAAAGAGUUUCUGCUUUGCCUUCCACUUGACCAGCUCGGGCUUCAUCAUCAUGUCCCUGGAGACGGUGGCUGUCAUUGCCUUGCACAGACUGCGCAUGGUCCUGGGGCAGCAACCUAACCGCACCGCCUCCUUCCCCUGCACAUUGGCCCUCACUGCCCUGCUGUGGACAUCCAGCUUCACCAUGGCUGCCCUCCUUACCAUGCGAGCAUACCCACGCAGAGAUGGACCCUGCUUGCCCCACUUUGGCCUGGGAGGUGGAAAGGCCAGAGUUGUGUUGUAUGUCUACCUGGCAGACUUUGCCUUCUGUGUAGCUGUGGUUUCUGUAUCCUAUCUGAUGAUUGCUCAGACACUGCGGAAGAAUGCACAAGUGAGGAAAUGUCCCAUCAUCACCGUCGAUGCCACAUGCCCUCCGCCCCCGCCACCUCUCAUUGCAGCAGGCUUUGAGAGCAUGCAGUGUGCUGUUCAGGGCCCUUCUCUCUACUGUAACCAGACUUACAACAAACUGCAGAAUGUUCAGACACACUCUUAUGCCAACAGGACCAGCCAGCCUCUGGUUCCAGGGGCUGCCCAAGGAGCCACCUGCUGUCAGCUAGUGUCCACAGUCAACUUGGCCACAGCCAAAGACUCUAAGGCAGUUGUCACCUGUGUAGUUAUAGUGUUCUCCGUGCUGCUUUGCUGCUUGCCAAUGGGAAUUUCACUGGCACAGGAUGUUUUGUCACCGGAAAGUAGCUUUGCUCAUUACCAGUUUGAACUGUGCGGCUUUGUGCUCAUUUUUCUCAAGUCGGGCAUCAAUCCCUUUGUGUACUCACGUAACAGUGCAGGCCUCCGCCGCCGUGUGCUGUGCUGUGUUCAGUGGGCAGCACUGGGGUUUCUCUGUUGCAAGCAAAAGACUCGCCUGCAUGCGAUGGGAAAGGGCAGUCUGGAAGUCAAUAGAAAUAAAUCCUCCCAUCAUGAGACCAAUUCAGCCUAUGUACUGUCACCCAAGCCUCAGAGAAGGCUGGUAGACCAGGCUUGUGGGCCAAGUCACUCCAGAGACUGUGCUGGUAGUCCAAGGGCCACGGGUGUGCGCAAACUUCGCCCCCCAAGUACAUCUACACCUAUCAACACCCGCAUUGAGCCCUACUACAGUAUAUACAACAGCAGUCCCUCUGCAGGGCCCAGCUCCCCCACCAGCCUGCAGCCUGUCAGCUCUCAGACAUUUGCCUUUGCCAAGUCUUAUGUAGCCAUGCACUACCACACUCACCAAGACGCACUACAAGACUUUGAAAGCACCUCAGUGCACCAGAUCCCCAUUCCCUCAGUCUAAACAAAGAGCUGCCAAACAGAAGGGUUUGGACAAUCUCACCAUGGCUUUAAAUAAAAUGUGAAUCAAAAGAGUAACACAAUAACAGCCGAUCUUAUGUAUUUGGACUCAGUAUUAACCAUUUGUUCUCUUCUACAGUGGAAAUACAUGUAAAGUUUACAUGAGUGGAAACAUUAAAGAAGCAGAAUUAGACGCAAGAGAUUUGUAAUGAAAGUGUCUGUUACAAAAAGUUAUUAUUGUUAUUGAAUGGACUUAUUGACUUUUUUCAAAAGAUACUGCAUUUUCACAUAAUUUUACCCCUGUGUUGCACACGCAUGUGCCAUUAUAACCCAAGACUCUGUAGGUUUUCAUCGCAGCCAGAGACUGCAAUAGUGGGUUUCACUGCUGCCUCCUCUCUGGUUGAAGUUGUUGAGCACUGCAAUCAGCCGCUGUAGUGUCAGGCUGCUAUAAAACCCUGCACAGGCCCACACAUGGCUGUUGAUGGCAUGUGGUUGCACUUUGAUGGACUUUUUGCUUCUUAACAAAAUUGUAUUUGUGAACCUCAUACACUUUUUAACUCAAUAAAUGUUUGGCAAGUGCAGUGGAUCUGUGCUUUCACUGUUUUAACAUUAAUUUGCAGCAGAGUCAGUGGAAUAGAAAUGUUAUAGAGAUGUUAGAAAUAGGAAUAUUUUCAUCACAGGUCCAUUUACAGCUGUUGCUUUCAAUAUCACAUGAUUUUCAUCAGUGGGAUGAAGUUUGCCCAGUUGUCAUGGAAUUGUAGAUGUUCAUAUUUCUAUUUUUUUCUGCAAACUUUAAGGACUACUCAUCCAUAUAAAUGAUGAAGAUAAUAUGAUUGAAAGCUCCAGAACAGCUUCUAAAUGGACCUUGUGGUGAUAUUGCUUUCUCAAUUGCUAUUUCCAAUCAAGAAUGAACUUUGAACCUCAGAUACAGAUGCAGGUUGACUAUCAGUAUGUUAGUCCUCAUGUCUGCUGGGAUUAUACACCUGUCAUUAUGCUCAUGUUAAGGAUAUGAAAACCUUUUAUGGCUCACUGCUAUUGUUUUUCUUUGACAUAUGAAUAUAAGAGAAAAUCUGCUGAUUUUCUUCUUUAGAAAGUAUUUCAGUAAAUGUCCACAUGCUUAGCUUUUAAAUGAGUGCUGACCUGGAGGUCUUUGCUGCAUAUAGUGAAGUUACAGCUUUAGCCAUUUUUUGAAGAUUAAAAAUGCUGGAGUUGACAAUGCAAAUAACUUAAGUGGCUGCUGCUCUACAUCUUGGUGUUAAUUUGACCUUAAAUUGUGAAGACACUUAUACUGUACCAAUUGUUUUAUUUUGAAUAAAUGAAAAAAAGGUUUGCAUAAGGAGAUAUUAUACUAUACUCAUCGUGUCAGCGCCCUCUGGUGGCCUUAAAUUCACCAUGGCAACUUAAACCAGAUGUCCUUCAUUGGGGGAUCAACAUACAGUGUGUUCUUUCCAGGAGGGAGAUGACAGGCUUAUUAUUUUACAAGUGCCUCACAUGGUUCACUCUGAUGCCAUGUUUUUAAAGAGUGAGGUCACUUAAUUAUAAAAAACUUUAUUUCUGCCAAUGAGAUGGCAACUGACUAGAUAUCCCUAGACAUAAUAAACAGAAAUGUUUCCAUGCUGUCUUUAUAUCUAAGUCAAAUAUUGGUACUGUGGUAAUGCAAAACUAUAAAUGAGAUUUCAUGUUUUAGUUUUAUUCUUUGCUGCAAAGGUAUUGGUUUUGUCCCUGUGAUACAGCAGUGAUCCAGAUCCCAGUGUGCAUAUUCAUAAAACCACAGAAUACCUCUUAUAGGGACCCACAGACAUUCUGUAUAUCAAACUUAAACAAAUUUUUAAUCAAAUACUCGCUUUUUUUUUUGCUAUUCCACAGCAUCCUCUAACACAUAAGUUACACUCACUCAUUCUCUAAAUUAACACAGCACACGUUCUCACUGCUGCAUAACAUUUUCAGACUUGCCUUUUCUCAUAUCUACAAGUGCAAAAUCAAGCAGCUAAUCAUUUCAUAUCACCCCCCCUCCACACACACACACACACACACACACACAAUACAGAAU